UGUAGCAACACAAAAAAGCUGGAAAGAUACCGGAAGGUGUUUGAAUCGGAUCGUGACCGUCAUCGUUGGCAGUGACAAAAAUUGUGUUUAGAGUUUAGAGACUGUGCAGUUCCUUCGAUGUAUUCUACCAUGGAGGAAACUAAAACAGACAUUAAAUCGAAAAUCAGCUUUAGUGUCGAAUCUCUGUUAUCAUCCACUAAACCCAUCUCUGAAGAUCGUCUCGAAGACCGCUUAGAGGAAGAAAUUGAAGAUAGCAGGUUGGAUACAUCGAGUGAAAGGCUGGACGACGAGGAAGAUGAUGAGAAUAUCACAGUUGAUGAUGAUGAUACUGAUGGAAGGGAAAGUUUGAGCCCCAAUUCGUCGCAUACGGUGGUGAUACCACAACCCCUUCACCCGUCGAUGCCUAGGCUGAUACCUGGAGCACAUCCUCAGUGGCCUUUUCAGUGGGUCGGACCUGGAGGAUUUAGGUCGUCCUCACCACAAACGAAUCUGCCAAACUUGACAAAUGGUGGGCCACCCAUAGUUAGGUGCGCAUUAAGAAAACACAAACCCAAUAGGAAACCUAGGACUCCCUUCACGACACAACAGUUAUUGGCCCUAGAAAAGAAAUUUAGGGACAAACAGUACCUUAGCAUCGCUGAACGUGCAGAGUUUUCAAGCUCCCUUAGGCUCACGGAAACACAGGUCAAAAUAUGGUUCCAGAACCGCAGGGCGAAAGCAAAGCGACUCCAAGAAGCCGAACUGGAAAAACUGAGGCUUUCCGCAAGACCUCUACUACCUCCAAGCUUUGGUCUAUUUCCCGGUGGCGCCCCCCUCAUGUCCCCCUUCCUCGCCGCGAUGGCCCACCGGCCGCCCACUUUUGCGUUCACUGGAUCUAUGCUCAAUAUCCCGCAGUGACUAAUGGGGGGUCGUUGAAAAAAUUAUUCGUACCUAUUUUGAACGGAAGUUUGACAGUUGAAGCGCUUCUGUUCGUAUUUGGGUUUCGUUUCGUGGUGAUAUGGAUUUGGCAAGCCCUCGCCUGUGAGUUUGCGAGGUUAUAGUGCAAUUCGCGAACGCUGGACGUUUGAAAGAUUCUUGUCUCUAUAUAUAAGACUGAUUAGCAAUUUCGUUCUAUAUUAUUUUUCCUUUUGUAAAUGUGUAAUUAUGUCUAUUACUGU